GAACUCUGCGGUAAUAAUAAUUAAUAGAAUUUACUGUAAAUAAUGUUCCUGAUGUUGUGUUACUUAACUCAUUUCCCAGUCACGAAUACAUUUAACUAUGCAACGACCAUGAUCGGUCCUGUCAAGUGGAAAAAUAAUACCCAGUCACAAAUCGUUAUUGAAAACCGAUAUUGAUUGAUAUAAUGGUACCGUAUUUUCCUACGCAGUAAAUGUAUUAAAUACUCAUAUUAUUAUUGUCUGCAUGUUAUUAUUAUUGGGCGACCAAGAGUUAUGUACACGAUCAUAAAUGUUAUUUUUUUUUUUCAACGGAUGUAAUUUAAUUUUACCAAGGUCCGCCUGAUCAGACUGUGUAACACAAUAACAAGUUGUAAAAACAUUGCCCGUGAACCGAGGAUGCAUUUUCACAUUGGUGAUUGACAAGGUUUUUCCUAGAUAGAAUUGUCGCAACAUGGCGACGCACAGAUCAAUUAUAGUGUGUCUUGCCGUCACGUUAUUGACUUGGGUAAUUGGUUCUAAUGCAUUAUUAUCGGAACAGAUGGAUUGUCCGGAAGACUGCGAUUGUCAUUUUUUCCGAAUUAAUUGGGUGACCGAUUGUUCAGAGAGCAACUUAACUUCUAUACCACAUGAAGGUCUUGAUAACAAUGUCUAUAUAUUAAAUAUGAAUGGUAAUCACCUCAAAGAAAUCGAACCAUUCCCUGCUGAUCUCAAACUCAGAACGUUGACGCUCUCUGAAAAUAUGCUAACCAAAAUUCACAAAACCACAUUUGCUGGACUUCACUAUCUAUUAGAUAUUGACCUCUCAUCUAAUUUGAUCAAUUAUAUAGAUCCUGAAUCAUUUGUGGAUAGUGCUGGCCUUAUUACAUUAGAACUACAAGGAAAUCCUUUGGAACAAGUGGACGGUCCAUUUUUAUAUUCAAAAUCAUUGUUAUACUUGUACCUAUCUGGUUGUCAUUUGACCAAAUUAUCACCUCAAUUUUUUGCAAACAUUAGUGGUCUGGAUAAGCUUGAUAUAUCUAGUAAUCCAUUACACAUUAUUGAGCCUGGAAUAUUUGAUCCUUUGACAAGUUUAAAACACCUUGUACUUAAUAGCUGUAAUCUUACACAUAUAUCUAGCGUAGCAUUCUCUAGUCUUGGUCAUUUAACCAUAUUGGAGUUAGCUGGAAAUAGUUUAAAAAGUCAUGUUGAUUGGACUUUAAUUUUGGGAAAUUUAGGCCGACUUGAACAUCUUGAUUUAAGAGAGUCUGGAAUAACGAAUUUGCCUGAAAAUGUUUUUUCUAAUAAUACUUGGUUAAGAAGCCUGGUUUUGGCAGAAAACGAGUUAUCAGAUCUAGAUGUAGCAACAACUUUGGGCCAUAAUUUAGUUCACUUAGAUUUUCUUGAUCUCAGCUAUUGUCAUUUAAAAGGACCUUUAUCUGAAGAUGCAUUUGCUAAUGCUACAAAGUUGCGUACUCUAAUUCUUUCUGGAAAUCAUCUAUCUGCAGCUGAUUUAGCAGUAGCAUUGUCGCCUUUAUCUAAAUUAGUUAAACUAUCGCUUAGGGAUUGCGGCUUAACACGUUUACCAGCGAAUACGUUCCACAAAUUUACAAGUUUACAAGAAUUAGAUAUAUCAAGAAAUCCUUUAAAUAAUGCUUUUACAGCUCUUUUAUCUCCAUUGGAGUCUUUAGAACACUUAGACAUGGGAUACAGUAACUUACAGAGAAUUUCAAGAACAACAUUCUUAAAGAUGUCUGCUUUAAAAACACUUAUUUUAUCAGGAAAUAAACUUAAAAGUCUCGAAUCUGGAUUGUUCCAAAACUUAACACGAUUAGAAGUAUUAGAGCUUAAUAAUUGUGGGUUAGCUAGACUUAACGAAACAGUAUUUUAUGACAACUUUACCUAUCCAGAUCUACAAGAACUAAGAUUAUCAGGAAAUCCAUUGGAAGUCCCUGAAGAAGGGCCUAUAUUACCGUUACAAUUAUCGGGCUUGAAGAAUUUAGAUAUGAGUAAUUGUAAUUUAAGUCGGCUGCCUACAGAAGCUUUUGCGUCGACUCCUAAUAUAACUGAACUUUUAUUAAGCGAUAACAAGUUAAGUAACGAACACGAUGAUUCAUUGAAAUUUUUAGAAUCAUUAUCUGGAUUAGAGCUAAUUGAUUUAACUUCGAAUAAUUUAACAUCUAUUAAACCUGAUGUAUUUACUUAUAAUAGUCAACUAUUAUCAAUAAAGCUUGUAGGUAAUCCAUGGAAAUGCGAUUGCUAUGUUGUGGAAAUGUGGGAAUGGUCUUCAACAAUCAAAGGCAAUAUUGGUGUAUUGAUUGGUUCUACUAGAACAUUGGACACCAACAUAAAUAAUAAAAAAAAGAAAAGUUUAGCGUGUAAUUUUGAUCCUAAAACUUCACCUAUAAAAGAGACAAAACUUAAAAUGCUUAGGAAAGACCCUAGUGUUCAACGCACAUGGGCAAGGUAUGUACGUGAAGCAAACUGUCCUCACAGCUCCACUUUAGCAAGACCAGCCAGAAUUGUUACAAGAGAAGUACAUGAUUUUCAACCAUUAGAAUCAGAAUUAACUGAAAAUGGAACAUCAAAGUCGUGGUCUCCUGUCAUGAUCUUGAGUAUGGCUUUCGUACUAGCAACAAUUUUUGGUGUUACAUUAUUAUUGAAGAAUAAAGAAAAAACAAUUAAAAUGGACAAAGAUAUUUUAACUCAUUCUUCUGAAGCUAAUGUAGUACAAUCUAAAGGAACUACAAACAUAUCUCGUAGAGCAAUUAAAUGACAGAUAGGCAGAGCGGAUUAGUUUCCCAAUGUACGGUAUCGCCGUUAAAAAUAAAUUUCUUUUAUUAUUAAAUGAUUUGUUUUAGUAUUCAAGCACAUUUUAUACCAUACAAAUUAAAAAAAAAAUUAUUUUAUUUUAAGUUAAUUUAUGUAUCAUUUUAUAAAUUAUUUGAUUGUGUGAUUCCGUAUGUUUUCCUAGCAGAAAAGUUCCUAAUUUGGUAGUCGGUUAUCAGUGGUCUUUUGAAAAAAAUAAUCAAAGUUUAUCAUUUUUAUAUUUGUUAUCAAAAUGCAAGGUCAAACAGUGCAGGGUAAAUAAAAAAUACCCUUAGUUUAAUAAAUGAGGAGACAACUAGUAAAAACAGUUUAAUUUUUUUUCUUUUGAUUGACUGAUCAAAUAUGUAUUAUACAUGAUGUUAUAGUUAUUAAGCUUUUGAUGUAAUAUUAUGCACGCUCUCUGUAAAGCACUGGCUUUUGACUAUAGAUUGUGAUGUUAUUAGCCUUCGAUAUUAUAUUUUUUAACUAAGGCUAAGGAUUGUUAACCUUUUAUUAUGACAUUAUACUAAAUAUAAUACAAUUACCAACAUAUUAAAUUAGCUAAGAAGUUAUAGUAAUAGUAAAGUAUAUUCAUUAUUCUUGUUAUAUUUGUAUAUCUUAUUAAAAAGAAAGUAUAUAAUA